AUGCCUCCGGCGCCCAGUUAUACUUCCACAAGGAACAGCUACAUCUGCCUGCCGGACGAUCCUGUAGGCGGGAUGCCGCGAAGCCGUACGUUCAGCAAUCUGCCUCUACCCACUCGAGCACGCCGGAAUGCUCCAAUGGCGCCUUCGAAGUCACAGUCACGUUUGCCCACCGCUCUGCUGCCUUCGACGCGCUUGCCGUCUCCGCCCGUCUCCCACCGCAAAUACAGCCACUCGAGGCUUGCUCCAACAGAAGUCAGCAUGAAGCCCUCUCUGAUCCGUAACCGUGCCAAGCGGUCUGAUACCGAGCCACUUCUCCCAUUGAACGUCGACCUCGCCACAAACAUGGGCAGAGCAACGGCGUUCAAGGAGAACCUCACACUAAGUCCCGUCAAGCCGUUGCCGUCAAUGUCCAUGUUCGAUAACAAGGACUUGUACGGCUCUUCGCUGCCGUCUCGUAACUAUGCCGGCAGACAUGGGUGGGCGCCCAGCAGUGACAGCUGCGAGCAACUGCUACCCCAGCGUAAGUGGAGUCUCCUAAAAGUAUCAACGAUCCCACUGAAACUGCAUGCUGCCAAACUAUCUUACAGCAGCCCUGCUUCCCGCCCUUCGCGUGAACGUACUGCAAUUCCAGGUAGACCGCAGCCUGCACAGAGGUGGAACUCGCAACCCAUCUUGACGAACAUUACGAAUCGACGUCCGUCCCGUCACGGCCAGAUUCCGGAGCGGAGACUCAUGUCUGAAGUCCAGCCAGUCGUGCUAUUGCCAACGCCAAGAACACCACUGGCCACCGAAGCUCUUACCGGCAGCAAAGUCAAGAGCGCCGUGUCGUCGUCGCGCCCAGCCAACAAAGUUCCCUCACUAACCCCGUUCCUACCCAAACCCAACAGCAAUCCCAACCACCCUACCCCGAAUCCCAGCACCCAAGCCAUCUAUACCCCCAAACCAAUCCCCUACUGGUGCGGCCGCUUCGCCGCCCUAACCGACCGCUACCACAACGACGAACUCGCCACCAACCUCCACCUCUCCAAAUCCGACUCGGACAAAAUGCACAGCCCUGAAGCCAACACCCGCCGCAUGCGUCGCGCCAUGGAGUAUCUGCACAGUCUGUGUGCGAGCCAGGAGGCAAGGGAGAGUUUUGUGGUGUUUCAGUUGCAGUUUGCUGCGGUGACGGGGAGUGCGGAGUUGGCUAGGCCGAUGAUGGUAAAUUUGCCGCCGGUAAGGAGGGUGGCGGUGUCGGGGCGGCAGGACGUAAGUGGGGAGGCGCGUGAGGUCUGUGAAGGUGUGGUAGAAAAGAGUAAUGGUUUGGGGUGGGGUGACGGGAGGAAGGGGACGUUUGUGGAGCGGCUUUUUGGGAGGCAUCGGCGGAGUUUGGUCCUGUAG